UGUUGCUCGUUGUGUUCAGUGCGGGGGGACGGUUGUGUACUCUUGGGACGAAACAGUCGACAUCAACGUAAAUACUCAUAUUAUUACACUCAGCUGCACACGGGGGAGAUGAACGGUAAGUCAGCGAACGGCACAGCGGGAGGAAUGGCCUGUAUUGAGGGUCUACCCCCGCUGCCGAAGAGCCUUAGCGGCUUGCUGAACUCCAGCGGCGGCUCCUGGAGAGAAAUGGAGAGGAUGUAUGUAAAGAAAACCAUGAUCCAGGACGACCUGAGCAGAGGCAGGAACAACGCCGACAACCUCCUGGCAAACAAGCCGGCCAACCUCGACGCUGCUCUGGCUCUUCUACGGAAAGAGAUGGUGGGUUUGCGUCAGCAGGACAUGUCCCUGCUGUGCCAGCUGUGGUCGCUCCACGAGUCCAUCCAGGAGUACAAGGGCAGCUGCCAGGACCUGAGCGCCGCCUCCAGCCUCAGCAUGAUGGAGAACGGCUACUUCGACGAGGAUGACGAGUUUUACCCCGAGCCGGGCGCCACUCCCACCGGGGAACAGCCUGACGGGGAAGUCGGAGACGGGACAGGAGCAAUGGCAGGGGCCAAGAACGGGAGCGGCAUCGGCAAGGACGACAGCUGGGACUCCUUUCACGUCACCAUCUGAGGCCUCGUUCCCAACAUUUCUUCUGUAGACAGAUGCAUAUUUUGAGGGUAAAAGACUUGAGAUAAGCUGGAGGAAGAAAUGACUGGCUCCGUAUACUUUUUGGACCCUGAGAAGGGAGUGGUUGGUUAGAGAUAGUAGCUCGUUACUGUAAUCGACUAUACAUUUAAAUCUCCAGCUUAACUCCAACUCCUCCUCAGGUGAAACAUAUACCUGCUUGUGCUGCAGAAUGUUUUUUCUUUUUUGCAGCGUAAUCAGGAGCUUCAUUAGACUGCGGGCAUUUUUUUGACAAAUGGCCUCCUAAACACCCUGUGAAACACUCAGGAGUUGAGAUGGAUUGUAUUCAAAGACUCCCAAGACUCUGUAUACUCAACAUUUGGCAAUAUAUUAGUUCUUUUUAUUACCAGCUCUGCUGCUGCUUCUAUAUCCAGUGGUUUUGCUCGCCAGUCACCCCUUUUUGGCAGAACUUUUUCUACAUAUUGAUGAACAAAGUUUUAUUAUUUAUUAUAUAAUAUAAAAAACAUGAUCUUUGCUUUCCUUUUUCUCUAUGGAAGUUUUGUACUGAAACUCUACCCAGGUACAAGGGUACAGCAUUUACGGGUUAGAAGUCCAAGGAAUUUGAAAGAAGGCGGGAUUUCUGAACUCUUCAGCCAUCGUGGUGUAAAGAGACGAUCAACUUUUGUGGACAUGUUGACGGAGAUGAUGUGAGCAUUUCUUCUAAGCAUUAAUUGUGACUGUUUAGAGAGACGUAGAAGAGAUCAUCUCAAGAAAGGAGAAGUCGGUGAAGUGCUCACACCUGAAUCCAGAGUAAAAAUGUUUGAACGCAGAGGUCGACCACUUUUCCGACCUUUUUUCAAGAGAGCAGACAUUUGCUCCGAAAUGUGAAAUGUUCAAAAAUGCUGGAGACAGUUUUCGGCUGUCUGCAUAGAAUUGAAACCUGGAAGUCCAGUGUACUCGGCUGCAGAUAGUCUACUUCAAUUAACCUGACUGCGAUGGCGCAUCACAGGCAACUUCGAUGUGUCACUGUUUCCUGACUUGGUGGUUGGUUGGUGUAAAAGGCCCUGAUAGCAUCCGUGUAAUGGUUUGAAACUAUAUAGUUUGUAUCAUGUUUUAGUAUUGCCUUUUUAAUUACGAUACAUCUACAGAGAAGUUCAAGGAUAAUUCUUCUUGAUUACAACUUGGAUUUUAUUAGUAUUGUUUUGGCCAUCACAUAUUGAUAAUAACAUGUACAUGCUUUUUGAAAUCUGGAAAUAUCGAUCUCAGCAAUAUUACAAUAUUAUAUAACCAUAUCCAAUAGAAAUGACAGCAAUUCCAAUAAGUGAGAAAUAUCCUUUGAUAUAUCCAGGUAACAAGUGCUAACCAGCCAGCAUAAAUAGAAAACAGAAAAAAAACUGGAUGAAAUGAGCUUUUUAAAGAGCUUAUUAUUCAGGCCAUUGCUGCAGCCAGCCAUUCACCACAUUACCAGCUUUUAGACUUUUUAUUCUUAUAAGUGUUGCAAAAAGUUGAGCAACAGUGAUCAGCUGUGAUCAACUCACACAAUUUGCACUUGCUAGUUUGAAUGUUUGUUUAAUUAUAAAGGUCACAUUGAGAGAGAAAAAACAACAAAAGUGCAUACAUUUGAUCAGCGGAUGACGGUAAUUGAGUUUAAAAGGUUCAGUUCUAAAGAGGUCUAACAAAUUUGUUGAGUUCGUCUAAGCAGCGUGGCCUUCAGAUGUUGCUCAUUGUGAGAACACGCAGCUGUAGCUCUAAACCUGGUAGCAAUGAUGAAUUACACACAGGGUACUUUCUACUUUGUAUUUUUACAUUAAUCGAUCUCAUCCUAGCAACACAUACUCUGCUGCAUGAUGCGUUUAAACAGGCUAAAGGCCAGUCUGAACAUUAUGUAACACUGGUCGGGUGGAUGUAUUAGGUAUUAUGUCAGUGUUUCAAUAUACCUGCAUACCUUCUAGGACGGGGGUUUUCAAAAGUCUGAGACUGUGGGCCUCCCCUCAGACAAAGCUUGGAAAAAGGUGCCCCUUUCCUGGAUUCCUCUAGGAUCUUGAUUGUUAUUUGAGCCCAUAGACGCUCAACUAUUGAGCCAAGAUUAGCCUCAUUUUGUUGUUUGAAAUAACUUCAGACUUCACCAAAUACAUAAAAAGGUCUAUUUGAAGGCAUUUAUUAGUUUCUGACUCUACAAUUCCCCCAAACUAUCUCUGAACUAUUCCAUUAACCAAAUCACACACAUUUAGGGUAUUCUAUUUGAUCUCCUUUGGAUGACUAAUAUAUAUUUUUUCACUUCCAUUCACUGAGCCUCCCCUCAAAGUGUUUGGAGUCCCCCUCCGACCCCCAGGGAGGCCUGCCUCCCACUUUGAAAACCUCUGUUCUUGUAGGGGCUGUUUAAUUAUGAGCUGUAGUAGACGACCAGUUUUUAUUACUCGUCAAUACUCGUCACUAACAAGAUUGUAGCGUUUUUUUAAUUCAGGAGAACUCGCCUUCAUUAUACGCCUGUGAACAAAAUUUGGAAAAAAACCUUUCUCCUGUACACUGAAAAACACUCUGCCAGUGAAUAUCUGCUCCAUGUUUGAAGGGUGUUUUUUGGUAGAAACGUUCGACAAAAACUCUCCGCAAAGGCAGCCUUACUUUCAACUCUAGGUUGUCUCCAUUGUCCUGCAACAGGCAAAGACGUUUGGAUGUGCAAUACUCUUAACUUAUACUACAUAUGCUUGGUCUUCUUUAAUAUCUAAACUUCAAAAACAACUUCAAAGGUCUCUGCUGACCUUGUAGCAUGUAAAUCCAUUACUCUAAACUACAGAUAACAUUCUGCCAACACCUGCCGUCACUGUGAGAAGGUGUAGACCAGUGCUCUCCAGGAGCAGGGUUGGAGACCACUGGUGUAGACAGUUCAAUUUCUUUCAGUGGCGUGUUGAUUAUUGUGUCUGUAUAGAUCGUGUGACGCCAUCUGUUUGUAGACUUCUCCGUAAAUUGCGUGCUUGUGAAACACGAACCAAAGAAAGAACAGCACCUAACGAACGAAAUGUGUUUGGUUUCAGGCGCAGAACUAAACGGCGUCCUAACCAAUGUCUCUAGAAUGAUUUACGUUUUUCGUAAAAAGGUACAGCACCCGAUGAUAUCUGAUGUCUUGAAGAAUGUCUUUACAAGUCAAUGUGCAACUGAUGAACAGAGUUGGACAGUGACUGUAAGCAUAUUUGUUCUGUCCUUUGAGGACUGACGGUUCAUCGUUGCAUUGAUAACUACGCCUUUAGCGCACUCGAAGAAACCAAUGUUUUACAAUGGAAAACAGUGUUUGAUUUCUUAUACCGUUUUUUGUGAAAGUGAUGUCAAUGACUGACAAGUGAAAGUCUGAAUGAUGCUACAUUUAUUAUAAAACACAUCUGCAAAAAGUUCUGAAGUCACAAGUGUAGGAACAGUAACUAUACAAAACCAGUAAUUACAUGAGGAUGUACAGCAGUGUGACAUUAAAGUAAUAGUUUGACAUUUUGUUCGCUCCUGUUCAACUCGUUAGCUUAUACUUAUACUUUUAGGGUGUUUAUGCAGGACAAGACGAAAUCGACAACACACGAAAGUAGUAGAGCAUUUUCCCCGAAAAUGUCAAACUAUUCCUUUUUAAUCAUUUCUUUCCAAAAUGUGAGGUAAAAUGAAUACCUUUCCUUUCCCAUCAGUUCAAGUUCUGAUCAGUUGCAAGAUGUAUUUUACCUGACACACACCUCUCAAAAACACACCACUACAUUCUGUAUUCUCUUCAUAUCUGUAAUGUAUUUUUUAGCCUCUAAAUAGAACCAGAAAAUGACUUGGAGGCAUUGUAAAAAUAUGAUGGUAUUCGCUCCAUCGUCAAAUAUGUUGAAUGUUUGUUAUUUUCAUGUUUGUUUGAUGAGCCACAACUGAUUUGUCUGUACAGUAAACCUGAAUCUGAAUAUUUGUAUUUCCGUUGUAUGGCUGCAUCCAAUCAACCUAUCCCAAGCUUAAUGCACAUUCGAUUGAACCGUUUGCUAAUCGAUGCCGUUAAAAACACACCAGUAAAAAGUUUUCAUUGGAUGUCUUCACAGUUAGUGCCUUUUGUAAAAACUGUCAGCUCGCAGAUCUGUGGCGUGCUGUUCAAAGAUGGGAGAAUUUGUUCAUAACCGUCGAUCAUUUGACUUGCUUGACAUCGCACUUGGUUUUUAAAGCUGCUACAAGUAGACUUUGAAAGCUGACGACUUUAGCGACCUCCUAAAUCCUUUAGUGGUUCAAUCAAUGCCCCCAUGUAGCAACUACAAAUCCAGAAGUGUCCCAGAAAGAGCAUGUUAGGAACUCAUUGGUUCCAGAUUUGGAUAAAUCUAAAAAGAUUCCUCCUCAUAGUUUCUUACUCAUUCAAAGGCUCUUUUUGCAUUUGGUAGUGUUGAAUUUGUAUUGCUGGCACCCUUUGUCGUUUGAGGUCUUCAUGGUCAGUCAGUUCUCUUGUUCUCUUGGUUUGAUGCCCUCCAGGAACAGCAUGCAUCAAACAUGAACUACAAACUGUCAAGACUCAUUUGAGGCCAGCAUCGUCAGGCACAUCUACACGUAGCAGCUUUGAAUACCAAAACUUGUACCAGCCUUAACAUCAGUCAUAUCGUUUGCAAAAUAAGCAACAUGGUGCACUCCUCACUUGUACAAACAUUCCAAGUGUUCCAGUGAUACGUUUGCACUUGUUUGAGGCUGUUCUGUUUGAAAACCUCCCCAAAACUACCAACUACCUGCUCCUCUUUGAGUUGGUACAACACAGUGACACUACUGUAACUGUAAAUCCAGCACAGUUAGAAGAUGUGGGAGCUUAAAAUCAAAGCACCAGCAAAUUGUUCCCGAAAAUCAUACAUUUCUUUCUUGUACAACCUAAAAAGAUUCCCCUUUUUUCAUGUGGUUAGUGGAAAUGUAAUGUGGUGAUAUCACCUCAGAGGAUACUUGGAAAAAAUGUCGUCUUGUGUUGUUCCCUCCUGGUUAGGAAAUGUCAAGAUAAAUUCACAUGAGGGGAAAAAAAUUAUGCUAAAACGUUUGAACAUAGUUAUACUUGUAAUGUGUAGUUUGGUGGGUUUUUUGUUCAUCUAUCACAUGAUAUUAUGCCUACAUACUUCCAGCGACAACAAUGGAUUUCAUGUAAAUCAGAAAUGUUAUGUUUUGGUGCAAGUCUCUCCAAUUAAAGGGCUUUCUUUCUGGACCCGCCACUUUGCACCAUUGUUGAACAAUCACAUAGAGAAAUCUGUCAUUCAGAACAGCAGAGAGACCAAUUUUUCAGUUCAAGUGGCCUCAAUAGACCAGAUUGCAUUGCAACCACAAAAAUUUGAUGUGUUUUGACUUAAGUGAAGGGUAUCUCUGCUAUCACGGUCACGCCUCAGCAUUUGCACCCAUGCUUAAGUGGUUGUUAAAAGGCAUUCUGGCAUACAUGGGACAUAUUUGGAAGAGGGUGCACCAAAAAGGCAAAUGAUAACACUUGAUGAUAUUUAAUGAUGCGGUUCAGAAGGAAAACUUUCCAUAUAACAUGCUGUGAAAGGAACCCACAUUUCUGCUACCUAAAAUUAUCUUUGCUCCUGAAAAACAGCCUGUAAAUGCAUAAAAACACGUAAAAAUGUCAGUUUUUACAGCCAGUUAUUACUGUUGACAUAUUGGAUUUAUGUUCAGAUUAUAAUCCACCUUUUCUCGUUACCGGCUUUAGCCGUUAAAUUGGUUUGAUAUCGGAAAAGUGAAUUGUCUUAACUUCAUAUUUAUACUGUAUAUCAUUGAUCAUAAUCAUUCAUUAAAUCACAAUUAUAGUGGAAAGAAGGUUUUAAUGUGUUUUGUGUUGCAUAGACAAAAUGAGAGUUUUCACAGAGAAGAUGUGAAGGCUGUCGUUACCGUCCAACCAUUCCUCCUGUUAUUUAAUCCGUGAAUGACCAUACUACUGUUUGUUUGGACGAUAGUCUCCGUGAUCUCUUAUCAUAGUUACUAUACUGAUAUGAAUUUAAUAAAGUGAUUCCAUACAUUUCAGGUUUGGACUGAACUUUUUUCAUUCUUCUAUAUGAAGCACAGUUUGGAUAAUUGACCUUUGACGAAUCACCUCAUACAAACCAUAAAUGAGGCUGGUGGGAAUGUUGUUUAUUCGUUUUGUAUUGGACACAUUUAGGUUUCGAUCUUCCG